AUGCUGAUCUAUGCUUUGCUUGCUCAUGUAGGCCUGCUCCGCAACAUCGACCAACUGGAGAUCCUGAAAGACGAGAUGGAGCUCAAUGAGGGUCUGGCGCAUAUCGCAAGGAAAGCUGUCGAUAAUUCCCCUCUCUUCCUUCCAAUAGUCAAGGAGGUCAUUGCCUACCGAGUCAAGAAUUGCUUUGAUAAUGGCGGUUUCAGGGUCGGCACUUUCAAGCUCAAAAGGAGUUCUCCGGAGUUGCUGGCCCUCUUUGAGGCAGCUAACACCAAGGAGUUUGCAUCAGUCAUCCGCUGCAGCCCCCGCCUCACCCAGAUCGAUGGUGAUGAUGUUUUUUUUAGCAACAAGGACUUGAUCGACUUCGACUCAAUUGCAGAGCUCGCAAAGGCAAAGAAAAACCCGGAAAUUGACGCUUCGUGGCGCUCGCUUAUUGCCCUCAUGCAAAGGUCGAAAACCUCUGAGAAUGAGGAGUACAGUCCCCAGGAACAAGGCAUGAAACUAUCAGUCGGCAAGGUCCAUACACUACUUCAAUCCUGUAUUGGUCAGAUUGCUAGCGGUUGCAAACCUGUGGUAGAGGCUGCUCCUUCCGCGGACGACACGAUUGCCGGCGGCCUCAAGAUCAUGUGUGAGAAAGCGUCCCACUUCAGGGCUGGUGCUCAAGGAACCUCGAAUCACCGUGGUAAUGGUCUCCAUUUUCUGCAAGAGCGAGUUUGGGAGUCUCUGAUUGCGCUCAUAUUGAUGGAUUACUCGGUUGAAAGUCAAGAAAAAGGGGGGGGGGGGGAGAGUUGUGGCUCUGCGCUCCUCUGUUGCCUCGUGCUCGUCGUCGUCUCUUCUCUCUCCUCUUCCUAUCUCACAUCUACAUAUGCACCCCCACCCACAGACACUACAUAUAUAUCUAUAUGA